UGUGUAUGGAGAGGUGGGCUGUGACGUUUUCUUGACGGGCAGAGCCAUCGUCCAAUGGGAUGGAGCUCACCGAUAAGUCACUGGCCAGUAGCUGAGUCUAUCAUGGGAACUGUGAGUACGGGUGCCUAAGUGGGUCAAUUCUUCCGGCAUGAGUUCUCAGAGGGGAAACGUGCAGCGGUCCAGGCCUCAGAAGCACCGGAAUGUGACGGUUUUUAAGAAUGACAAGUAUGACAACAGUGCUAAAACCAAGGUGAGGCCGGGGAAAAUAAACGCUAAACAACAUGACGGAGUAUGCCAGCGCUGCAAAGAUGUUCUGGAUUGGCGUGUAAAAUACAACAAGUACAAGCCAUUGUCUCAGCCGAAGAAGUGUGUGAAAUGCCUGCAGAAGACCGUGAAGGAUGCUUACCAUAUCAUUUGCAAGCCGUGUGCCCUUCAGCUUGAACUUUGUGCCAAGUGUGGAAAAAAAGAAGACCUUGUUCAGCCAUUUUCAAAAGAAGAACAGGAGGGCAAAUCUGCACCUAAUGACAAUGAUGAUGAAGCUUGUGACGCAGAAGAUGACUUGGAUUUCCUUAUAGAUCUAGAAUCGAGUGGUGAUGAUGGUGAUGAUGAUGAUCUUAAGGACAUAAAUAGCACACAGUGUGAAAAUACUGUGGUAACCAGCAGCUAACAUCCUCAUGAGGGAACCACAUGGACCUAUUUUCAUUUAUCCCAGGAAUUAACCAUUUAGUACCACUGUAGUUAUCUUCUAUGUCAACACAAUCCAAUGGGAAGGGGGACUCCACCAGUUCUGACUCCUUUCAUACAUAUUUGGUUAAUGAACAUUAUAGCCCAUGUGGAAUGUAGGAGAGCAUAUUAUGCAUCCAAUGGACUAUAGGCAUUGUGUGUCUUUUUGUAACUUUUCAUUAUAUUUUUCUAUUGAAAUUAGAAUUUGCCAGACUUCUAUUACUGUCAUACAGUUCCAGUAACAUCUGUUCCUGCAGCAAAAAAAUUGUAGUUAUCAUCAAAGGGAAAAUAUUAGAAGUACAAUAGCUAUAAUGCCAUGAAGUAAUUGAAUCCAAGACAUGAAGGUCACAAGAAUUGCACACAACAGUUAUUCACUGCAUUUAAUAAUCUGAUAAGGCCGUGUUCACACUGUGCUAAUACAUGUUACCUGUGGUUAUAAUGGUAUGCAUUGGCAUUUCUGAUUUAACAUGCAGCUUUUGUAAAUACUGAUACUGGGUGUUUGCCAGCUCUCUACCCCAGUAAAGCUGCAUUUUAAGAUACAAGGUUUUACUGAAUUUUUUUUUAUUGACUUGGCAAAAGACAUUUCUUUGAAGUCAUAACAUUUGUUGCUAUUUCUCAAUUUCUUUAAAAAAAAAACACAUUAAGUUUAACUAAGGCAAGGGUCCCCAGUAACCAUCUAUGCUUCUAAGUACGCAUAAAUGUAAUUUUGUUCUAAGAAUUUGUGUAAAGGUUCCCUUCCAAUUUACCUUAUGGUAUAUAACAAAAUUCACAAUUGAUGAUCUAUCUUGUUUCUCACACCACCUCGACAUUGCCCGUGUGCCUUAUUUUCAUAUAAAAUGUUCUGAUUUUUCAAACACCGCUCUUGACUAUCUUGAACGGUGGUGCCGAAUUCAAAGCAGAUCCUAAAGUGUGGUGGCUUUGGAGAUUUAUAUAUAUUUAUAUAUAU